CUGGGUGCCAGCUUUCAAAAGCAGCUCAGCCUGCCCAGAAGUUGGUCCGUCCCCGUCAUGACGAUGAUGCCUGUAAACUCCACCCCCGAAGUCCCCGAAAACUGUCGAGCUCCCAAUCAUCCUAUCUUGAGGAUGGCGUUCAAAAUCUUGUGCAUUAUUGCAGUCUCCCAGAAGUCUCUCGAGCAUUGGAAAGAUACGAAUAACGAAGAAUGGAAGGAGCAUGUCUCAGUAAUGGUCAAUCGCUUCCAGAACUCAAACGUCACUGCCGGGCUCGUACUCGCAACUACUAGUAUACUCAUAUCGUCUCAGCCUCCUAUUGAGCAUUUGAUGGCUUAUAACUCUUCAAUAUCGUACAUCUUUGCCAUGGUUUCAUUUGGUGCUGCAUUGCUCAGCGUGACAUCCGGAACUGCGGUGCUUGUUAUCUAUCAAGCUAGCACCACUCACAAAGACAUGCAAACCUUCAAACGUAUGUCACGACGCCAAAUCACCGCGCUGCUGAUAUGGCUGGCAUACCCCUCAAUCUGUCUGUCAGUCUCUACUUGCUUUUUGUUUGUGUCUAUCUUUAUCGCCUGCUUCUGGUCUGACCAUGGUGUUGUCAACAUCAUGACUAUCUUUGGCUGUGUGGCUUUCCUUACAAACGGAGUCCUCACGUUCUACCUUGCCAGCGUUGUGGACAGACAGCAGGUCGAUGAUCAAAAAGACCUCCCCCGCACGAGUUGUUGACAGGCAUCAUACUAGUAUAGGUGUUGCAUGGAUUCAGCUUUGACAGUGCUGCUGAUAACGGUGUGAUAAUUGUUGUAGACCACUCAGGGUCUGGACGCUUCGGGUUGUAUACGAGUCGGUCAACGGCCCGUAGCAGCGGAACUUUCGCCAAUAACUUGCCAUGUCUCUCUAUUACACUUAAUACGUGGAUAUGUCACAU